CCUCCCAAAGUGCUGGGAUUACAGGUGUGAGCUACCACGACUGGCUUAAUCCCUAAAUGUCUAUACCAUUCAAGACUCUAGGCUGAAAUGUAGUUUGAGCUUCUCCAGAGGCCUUUCCGUAACUUAGAUGUUCUUUGUGUCAAUUUGUAGUUUGCUGUCUGUACUUACUGUUGUAUACAUACUUUGUUUAUAAUCUCUCUUUUACAUACAUAUGUUAAUUGUAAGAGUUUCAUAUACACCUGUUGAAGUUGGUAGCCAGUAGAGCUAUAUCUUUUUUGCAGGUGAAGAACUUAAGGUUCUGAGAGAGGAAACAGGAUCCAUUAGCAGUCCUCUUCCAUUUUCUCCCAAACUCCCCCAAUCCUGGUACAAGUUCAGGGACCUAACUGUGGAAGAACUAAAGAAUGUAAAUAUGUUUUUCCCGCAUUUCAAAUAUUCCAUGGACACCUAUGUUUUUAAAGAUAGUUCCCAGAAAGACCUGCUGAAUUUUACCGGCACUAUUCCUGUGAUGUAUCAGGGUAAUACAUAUAACAUACCAAUUCGUUUCUGGAUUUUGGAUUCUCAUCCUUUUGCUCCCCCUAUUUGCUUCUUGAAGCCAACUGCGAAUAUGGGAAUCUCAGUCGGAAAACACGUGGAUGCUCAAGGCAGAAUAUAUUUGCCCUAUCUCCAAAACUGGAGCCAUCCUAAAUCUGUCAUUGUUGGAUUAAUUAAAGAAAUGAUUGCCAAGUUUCAAGAGGAACUUCCCCUGUAUUCUCUGUCAUCAUCUGAUGAGGCACGGCAGGUAGACUUGCUAGCCUAUAUUGCAAAAGUCACUGAAGGUGUUUCAGAUAUAAAUUUAAAGAGCUGGGCAAAUCAUGAGAAUAAAACAGCCAAUAAAAUUACAGUGGUUGGAGGUGGAGAAUUGGGUAUUGCCUGCACAUUAGCAAUUUCAGCAAAGGGCAUUGCAGAUAGGCUGGUCCUCUUAGACCUCUCAGAAGGGACUAAAGGAGGCAUGAUGGACCUUGAAAUCUUCAACCUUCCUAAUGUGGAGAUCAAUAAAGAUUUGUCUGCCUCGGCUCAUUCCAAGGUGGUGAUCUUCACAGUCAACUCUUUGGGUAGUUCUCAGUCCUACCUUGAUGUGGUACAGAGCAAUGUGGAUAUGUUCAGAGCCCUUGUCCCAGCUCUGGGACAUUAUAGUCCACACAGUGUCCUGCUCGUUGCAUCUCAGCCAGUGGAAAUCAUGACUUAUGUGACAUGGAAACUGAGUGCAUUUCCUGCAAAUCGAGUGAUUGGAAUUGGAUGUAAUCUGGAUUCACAGAGAUUACAGUAUAUUAUUACAAAUGUUUUGAAGGCACAGACUUCGGGCAGAGAAGUAUGGGUUAUUGGCGAGCAAGGAGAAGACAAAGUGCUUACCUGGAGUAGCCAAGAAGAAGUCAUGAGUCAUACCUACCAAGUGCAGCUGUCCAACAGAGCUAUGGAACUGCUAAGAGUAAAAGGUCAAAGAUCCUGGUCUGUUGGACUAUCAGUAGCUGACAUGGUUGACAGUAUUGUAAACAAUAAGAAGAAAGUGCAUUCUGUAUCAACUUUAGCAAAGGGAUAUUAUGAUAUAAAUAGUGAAGUGUUUUUAAGUUUGCCUUGCAUCCUGGGAACGAGUGGAGUAUCUGAAAUCAAAACUACAUUGAAAGAAGAUACAGUUACUGAGAAACUCCAAAGCAGUGCAUCCUCAAUCCAUGGUCUCCAACAACAGUUAAAACUUUGAUUCUCAAAUGCAAUUUGAGAGGCUGGACUUCCACCUGAAAGGAAAAGUCAUUUAAUUUUACCUAUAUAUUUAUAGGUUUGAGAAUUUCUGUAUCCUGCUACUUAUCCUUACAAACAGCUUGGUUAAAGUAGAGGGUUUCUUGUUUAGCUUUGUGAUUUAAAUCUUUAAGGAGUUAGAUAAGGAAGGGAAAAAUUAAUUUUAUUUGGCAUUCUUGAGAUGUCUAUUCUGUUCUUUAAAUCUAUAGCAGGGGUAAACAUUCAUCUCCAGUGUGCAUCAUUUUAGUUCAUAUAUCCCAAACUGAAAGCACAAUUCACACUUUGGGACUAUUUUAUAAGUAAUACAUCUUUAAAAGUAAGUCGCCCUUUGACUUUUAUGAUUAAAAAAAACUUUAUUAUAUAAAGUUCAAGGCCCAGUA